AUGUACAGAGUAUCCUCAGCCUCUAGCACAUCCACAUAUAAAGAGUUCAGGAAAUUCCUUCAUUGCUGCAAGCUUCUGAAGAGAAGAAAGGAACACAGAGGAAUUACUCUACAUGUACUGCCAGAAGACAAACCACUGUGCCUGCCAUUUUCCCCCUCUCACCUGUACCCCACACACAUUUCUAGGUACACCAUGUUCCCAAACUUCAGAUCACCUCAGGGUUGAGACACUGGGAUCAAUUCAAGCAGUCAUCAACCUUUCCAUCCCAGUAUCUCUAGCAAGACUUUUGACAUGGUUGUUCUGAGGAAGACCAGAGGUCAGUUUCCAAAGGCAAAAGCAGCAGCUCACAGAAAGCACCUCUCCCACCAGCACAGCUCUCUUUAUAGUGAGCAUUCAUCUACAGCUGGAAAUGUAGACCCAUCUGUCAUUCUGAUCAAUGUGGACACACUGUUUACAGAUGUGCUUUCCAAGUUUGUCAAAGAAAAUGGUCAGAGAUACUACCCAAACCCACCAAAAACAGUGGCCCCAACUCCUUUUAAAGAGCUCAAAUAUAACUUUUCUCCAAGAAUAGCCAAUAUGCUACAAAACACUGAAAGGACUAUGGAGAUCAUGACAUACAGUCAGGUCUUCACAGGGAAAGUUCCAAUAUAUGGCCUUAUCCUGGGUAACUAUUAUAUAAAAGCAGUUUGCAGAUUGACUGGAGAGCUAGGUGAAGACACAGAAUUAAUAAAUACUGCAUUUACUAAGAAUCUCAUGCUUCCACCAAAAAGAAACAUUUCUGAUGGUCUGUCACAAGUGACACCUCCUGAAGGGUGCACUGCCUGCUUACUUCAAAGUGAACAUCCCCAUGAAUCAAUUCUGCAAGACCGGUACUCCUUCAGAUGCCUUCACAUGUACUCAGCAUUGCCACUGUUGUCACCAGCUACUAAGCUUUCAGGAAGGCCCAAAUUUGAAUCCCUUCCAAAAUCUGCAUGUUCACUUUCAUAUGAAGAUUUCAAGCCCAGAUAUUUGGAUGAACAUGCAAUAUGGGAAAACCCAGUUAGCCUAAGUAAGCCAAGCUUACCACUGGAUGAAAGUGGAAUUUUGUUGCACAGACUUUGGCAUCAAGAAACAUGUCUGCCUGCAUGGAAACCAGAAGAUGGGCCAAGAGAGAUAACACUGCCUGAAUAGAUACCUAUCUGUGAAGUUCCUUAGCACCAGACAGCGCUGAUGGAGCUGCAACAUUCCUUCUCUAAGACAGCAGCACAAAAACAUUUACAUGAUUCUGUAAAAGGAAAGAGAAAAAAUCUCACAGAUAACACUAUUGAGAGAAAGAGACACAAGAACUAUGGUUUCAAUGCCUCUUUAUUUCUUUAA